AACGUGAUUAUUUAUAUUUCAGAUAAAUCUAGUAUGUUAAACUGAUUUCAUGUCUAGCCUAGCUGUCUUCAACAUGUGAAUUCAUCUCAGUCAAAUCUGUUGAAAGCAUAAACUAAGAAGAGAAGAGUGACAUGAACGUUCGUUUUUAACCCAACACAAGUUGAGAAGGUUGUCAGGAUGUCUUCCGGGACGAUUGUUGAUAGAAUAGAUCCUUUUGCAAAGAGGCAGGAAUCCUUGAAGAAGAAACAGAAGAAGAGCCAGGGCAGUUCCCGAUACAGAACAGGAGGAGACGUCGAGCUUACUGCUCUGCCCCUACUCAAAGAUGUUCCGAGCUCCGAGCAGGAGGAGCUGUUUAUCAGAAAGCUGCGUCAGUGCUGCGUCGGAUUCGAUUUCAUGGAUCCUGUAGCAGAUCUCAAGGGGAAGGAGAUCAAGAGAGCCACAUUGAACGAGGUGGUAGACUAUAUAACGGCAGGGCGAGGUGUACUUACAGAACCAGUCUACCCAGAAAUAAUCAGAAUGAUUGCGAGUAAUCUGUUUCGAACCCUGCCUCCUAGUGAUAAUCCAGAUUUUGAUCCAGAGGAGGACGAUCCAACCCUAGAGGCGUCCUGGCCACAUUUAACGCUUGUUUAUGAAUUUUUCCUGCGUUUCUUGGAAUCCCCGGAUUUUCAACCCACCAUAGGGAAGAAAGUAAUUGAUCAGAAGUUUGUUCUCCAACUUCUCGAACUUUUUGAUUCAGAGGAUCCCAGAGAACGGGAUUUCUUGAAAACCGUGUUACACCGAAUCUACGGCAAAUUCCUUGGGCUGAGAGCGUUCAUCAGGAAACAAAUAAAUAAUUUUUUCCUCAGGAAGGUGGAGACCCUCUGCAGCGGGAAAGUAAGGUUUGUUUACGAGACGGAACAUUUUAACGGUGUUGGUGAACUCCUGGAGAUACUCGGCUCUAUCAUUAACGGGUUCGCUCUUCCUCUCAAGGCUGAGCAUAAACAGUUUCUGGUGAGGGUCCUGAUUCCUCUCCAUAAGGUUCGAUGUUUGAGUCUGUAUCACGCACAGCUGGCGUACUGUGUUGUACAGUUCUUAGAGAAAGAUGCCACACUUACAGAGCAGGUCAUCAAAGGACUUCUCAAGUUUUGGCCUAAGACAUGUUCACAAAAAGAGGUGAUGUUCCUGGGAGAGAUCGAGGAGAUCCUGGACGUGAUAGAGCCAGCACAGUUUGUCAAGAUACAGGAACCUUUGUUCAGACAAAUUGCUAAAUGUGUUUCUAGUCCUCAUUUCCAGGUUGCCGAGAGAGCUUUGUACUUCUGGAACAAUGAGUACAUAAUGUCCCUGAUAGAGGAAAACAACCAAGUUAUUAUGCCCAUCAUGUUUCCAGCACUCUACAGGAUUAGCAAGGAGCACUGGAACCAGACUAUCGUGGCCCUGGUGUACAAUGUCUUGAAGACCUUCAUGGAGAUGAACAGCAGACUAUUCGAUGACCUAACGGCUUCAUACAAGGCUGACAGACAAAAAGAGAAAAAGAAGGAACGGGAGCGGGAGGAUCUCUGGAGGAAAAUGCAAGAUUUAUCCAUUCAGAACGCAAACAAAGAAGGAAUCAGUUUAGAUCUUCUUCAGCUGAACCAUGUUGAUGGUUGACACUACGUGCGUCCACGCUCAUAGGCGCGCGGCAAUGCUCGUAGCUAAACGCGCGUCCGUGCCCCCAGCCUGGCGCAAGCGCCAUGUUUCUAUCAACAAACUCGGUCUUUUGAGAGAAUAUAGAUAAAUAGGUUUUAUUAGGGCCCCCAGGGCAGGCCCCUUGGAGCCCCUAGAUUUCAUUGCCCCGGGGGACCCUUUGUUUAUGUGUGCGAUAUUAUUAUGUCGUCAAAAGUGAACCGUUAAGAACCAUACUGAGUGAAACCAGUUUUAAUUUAUCUAGACACCUUGUAGGAUUUCAACUGUUUUGUGUUCACAGACUCACCCGCCAAUUGAUAGCGGUUUCCCGCCGCCUGGGGAAAAUGGCUAGAAAUACCCGCCGAUGUUGGAGGAUUUUCCGCCAACUAAGGAAAACGGAGGGAAAUCACCUAAAUUAAGUGUAUGAUCACUGUUCAGUAAAAUCGGCAGAUUCUACACCUAGGAAACUGUCGGAACGUUUUGAUGAUUCUUUGUUUGUUAAUAUUACCGUUUGCGGUUUCAACUAUCAUACAUACAGACAUACAGAUAAAUAUUUGUAGAAACUUCGAAAAAAGUCAUUUUUAGGAAAUCCUAUCAUUACUAAUGUCAAUCGUUUCUUUUAAGAAAAAUAAAAAUUUGCCUAAAAAUGACUUUUUGAUAGAUGAACCAGUUAAUGUAAUGUCUAUGGUUAGAUUAAUAAUUUCUUCAUUUCUAAAAUCUGUUAUUAAAAGCUUUAUUUCGGGUUCCUUAUGCGCGUUGCCGCAAUCUACAUUUGAAACAAGAAAGGCAUUACUCAGGAGGUCUUGGCUUAUUUCUUCACUUGGCAAAAAAAAGGUUGAUUCGAAGCCUGUUUUACAACGUUUAAAAUCAAUUUUGCCAAACAAAAAUUCUGAAAUAAAAAGCAAUAUAGAUUUAUUUACCUAAAAUUGGCAGGUUAUCACCAUAUACACUUAACAAAGUCCAAAAUUCAAACCACAGCCGCCUUUGAUCAGAAAUUUGUACUUAGGCUAGGUUUUGAGGUUUGAAUUUCGCGCUCUGAAUUUUAUGUACACAGAAACCCUAACCGUGUUUCCUCCAAAAUACUCCUGUUCUUACCAUCUCGUGGUUGGCUGGGUCUAAGCUAACCUUUAAGCCCCAGUGAUCCUUUAUAUUGUUAAAUUACAGAUAUAAAUAAAAUUAAAACUUGAUUUUA